AUUUCCACCUUGCUAGGCCGCACGGCCCCAUCGCUGUCCCACAAUGUCGUCGACUCCUUACAUCGAGAGUUACGACGCCGAUGCUGAGAAGCAGAAGCAAGAGGUCCACCUGCAGCAGGUGCCCAUCGCCGAGUUCGAGGACCCCAACCUCGACCCAAACGUAGAGCUGCUCGAGGAUGACUCUCCGUACCCCGAGGUCCGUUCUGCUGUCGCGAAUACGGACGACCCGGAUAUGCCCUGCGCUACCUUCAGGGCUUGGUUCAUUGGAAUAAUUUGGGCCAUCAUUAUUCCCGGUCUGAACCAAUUCUUCUUCUUCCGGUUCCCCUCGGUCACCAUCACCGGUGUGGUAGCCCAGUUGAUCACCUUCCCUAUUGUGCGCCUCUGGGCACGCUUCGUCCCUGGGGUCAAGAUCUUUGGUGUCUCCCUCAACCCCGGUCCCUUCACGGUGAAGGAACAUGUCCUGAUCACAAUCAUGGCCAGUGUAGGCUACCAAUCUGCAUAUGCAACCGACAUCAUUGCGGUACAGCGGGUGUACUAUAACCAGACCUACAACUUCUCGUACCAGUGGUUGCUGGUUAUGUCUACACAGCUCAUUGGCUUCUCCAUUGGUGGCAUUGCUCGCCGCUUCUUGGUGAACCCGCCAUCCAUGAUCUGGCCUGCCAACCUUGUGACUUGUGCUCUGUUCAAUACGCUGCACUCACAGUACUAUGCCGGUGUCGGUACCCGCGGCGGUCUCUCACGAGAGCGCUUCUUCUUCUACUGCUUCCUGGGCUCGUUCUGCUGGUAUUUUGUUCCGGGAUAUUUGUUCCAAGCCCUUUCCUACUUCAACUGGAUCUGCUGGAUCGCGCCGAACAACAUUCCCGUCAACCAGUUGUUUGGCACCGUCUCUGGCCUUGCGAUGUCGGUCAUCUCUUUCGACUGGUCCCAGAUUGCAUACACCGGUUCCCCACUCGCCACUCCAUGGUGGGCUGAGGCGAACAUCGCCUUCGGCAUGGUUCUGUUCUUCUGGAUCCUGACCCCGGUGCUUUACUAUACCAACACCUGGUACGCGAAGUACAUGCCCAUCUCGUCGGACCACUCCUUCGACAACACCGGUGCCAUCUACAACGUCACCAGGAUCAUCAUUAACAACACGCAGUUCAACCAGGAGGCAUAUGAGCACUACUCGCCGCUGUUCCUACCGACCACGUUCGCCAUCAGCUACGGUCUCUCGUUCGCCUCCAUUACCGCGACCAUCACCCACACCUUCCUUUACUACCGCAAGCAGAUCUGGACCCAGGCUCGCCGCUCAAUGUCUGAGCAGCCCGACAUCCACGCGCGGCUGAUGUCCAAGUACGCACAAGUUCCCGAAUGGUGGUAUGGCUGUAUCUUCGUCUCGAUGUUCGUCUUUGGCGUGCUUUGCAUCGAGCUAUGGCCGACCGAUAUGCCGGUAUGGGCCCUGAUCCUUGGUCUGAUCAUCUCCUUCAUAUAUGUCAUUCCUAUUGGCAUGAUCCAAGCCAUCACGAACCAGCAGGUGGGCCUGAAUGUCAUUACUGAGCUCAUCAUCGGCUACGCUCUCCCUGGUCGUCCCAUCGCGAUGAUGAUGUUCAAGACCUGGGGAUACAUCACAAUGGCCCAGGCGCUGCAAUUCACUUCGGACUUCAAGCUUGGUCACUACAUGAAGGUUCCACCGCGCCCCAUGUUCUGGAGCCAGCUGAUCGCGACCAUCGUCGCGGGUACCGUCCAACUUGGCGUGCAGGCCUGGAUGUUCACCAACAUCCAGGAUAUGUGUUCCACGACCCAGGACAACGGCUUCACGUGCCCGUCAACGCAGGUUUUCGGUACGGCAUCCAUCAUCUGGGGCCUCAUCGGGCCCGCGCGCCAGUUCUCCCAGGGCCAAAUCUACUACCCGCUCCUCUUCUUUUUCAUCGUCGGCUUUGUGACGCCGGUCUGCACCUGGCUCCUGCAGAAGCGGUUCCACAACGUGAUCCUCAAGUACCUCAACUGGCCCGUCAUCUUCAGCGGCACGGGCCUCAUCCCGCCCGCGACGCCGCUCAACUACGUCAGCUGGGCCAUCGUCGGCUUCAUCUUCAACUACGUCAUCCGCCGCCGCCACUUCUCGUGGUGGACCAAGUACAACUAUGUGCUCUCCGCAGCGCUCGACUCUGGCGUCGCGGUGUCGACGAUCCUCAUCUUCUUCGCGCUGGAGUUCCCAGACCGGGGCCUGGUCGGCAAGAACACGAUCCAGGCGUGGUGGGGCAACAACGUCCAUGUCAACAACGCGGACGGCAACAAGCUCCCGCUGCUGGUCGCGAACGGGACCUUCGGCCCCACGGUGUGGCACUAGGUCCCUUCGCCGCUGCUUCGUCAUGUUGUACUCUGAUGUUGGGCUUUCUGAUACAGUAAGAAAGUAUUAUAAGCCUUCCGUAUUGUAAUAUACAAUACCCCUUGUAUUUGUAGCAUACAUCUUGAGAGCGUACUUGUUGCUCUGUGCUUGCAAACAUACGCAAUCCUGC